UCAGGGGCGGGGGAAAUGUGAGGCACAACAUCCACAAAGAAACAGACAUCUCGUGAUUAGACGUGAUUCAUGUUAAAUGUUGACAACCGCUGUCAGCACGAGUGGGACACUGAACGCACCGGGCCAGGUCCGCGGCCGCCCCGUCCGGGACUGCAAACUGGUGCACUGCACGCUCCCGCAUAUGAAGGCGACGGUGUUGACGUGAGAGUGAGAAGGGAGGCGACACUCGCGCUGACGGCGACCUGGUCCGCUCGGUUCCGCUCCCCCUGAACGCCACCGAGGGGCAUGGAUUUUGAGAGCCCCGACGUCGAAAGGGAAUUUCCUGGCCUAUACAUGUCGGAAUCGGGGUCGGGAAAGAGGAGUCAGGAGAGUGAUUUCAGUGAUGAUGCACAUGAAAGGUCGACGAAGAAGGACCUCCUGAUUGGCAAACGUAAAGACAAGAAAGAGUCGAAGAAAGACCUGGGAUAUGCUGCGUUGGAGGGAGAGAGUUCACCCGAAGAGGAUCUGGAUAUUAAGAGUCCAUGCAAAUCAAAGAAGUCUAAGUCCUUCAAGUUUCCAACUAUCAAAGAUAAACGAGAGAAAUCUAGAGAGAAAGAUGUCAAAGAAAAAGAGAAAGACAAGGAUAAAGAAAAAGAAAAAGAACGAGAACCAGAUCGGGAAAAAUCAGAGAAGAAAAAGGAAUUUAAAUCUAAGCUAAAGCUAAAGGACAAGAAGAAAAUCAAACCUGGAGAUGAUACCUCAGACUCAGUUGAUGAAAUGCCUGUAUUUGGAGUGCCACUAUCAGUUGCCGUUGAUCGGAGUCAUUGCCAUGAUGGUGUAGCAAUUCCAAUUGUGGUUCGAGACUGUAUUGACCAUGUUCAAGAAUUUGGCUUACUGACAGAGAAUAUUUACAAAGUUUUGGGAGUUAAGUCAAAAGUGCAGCAGCUACGUCGCAGCUACAAUAAGCGGGAGGCUGUGAAGCUUAGUGACUAUGACCUUCAAACAGUUACGAGCCUAUUGAAAACUUUUCUAAGGGAACUGCCAGACCCUCUACUGACAAAUGAACUUGCAUCAAAAUUUGAGGAUGUAGCAUGCUUAAAGGAGCUUGCAGCCCGUGAACAAGAACUGGGCUCUCUUCUACCACAGAUACCACCCUGCAAUAUGCUAUGUCUUUCAUGGCUCAUGCAACAUUUUCAAAACGUUGCUGCCAAUGAGAGUCACAACAAGAUGAGCAUUAGUGCUCUGGGAGCUGUGUUGGGCCCUGUACUUCAAACAAGCCCAAAGGUUUUUGCUGCCCUGCUGACGCAUAGUGGUGCACUGUUUCCACACAUCCAGUUAGUGAAAUACAUACCACCACUAAGUGCUGGGUGUACCUCUUUACCCAAUUCCAAAGAAGCAAUUGUUGCUGAACUAGCUAAGCAAGAUUCGUUACUGAAUCAAAUCCAUUCAGAAAUGAACCAUGGAUACACCGUCCGAUCUGAUCAGUUGUGGGAGGUGCAGCGAUUCAUUACACUUUUAAAACGCAAGCUGCGGACCUUGGAGAAAGCUCAAGAAGCUUCUCACCGAGGCACAGACAAAGUUCAAGCUCAAGUUGAGCCACCAGCAGCUGUGACACAGGCCUCCUCCUCUUCAGUCAAAGCGAUGCCUGUAAGCCCCUCAGGAGAGAAGAUAGAUUUUCAGAUGCAGACUGCAACUGAGGAGACUUUAAAAGGUGUUACAACAAGUGAAGCAGAGGACAGAAUUGUGAAGGACAGUAGUUCUGAAGUACUACGAGAUGAAGUGGACUCUAAUGCUCUUAAUGAGACCUCCACUCAUGAGACUACGCCUGUGUCUGCCUCUGUGCCUGUGACUAUACCAGUAUUACCUGUACCAACACCGACAACAAACAAUUCUGUUUUGCCAUUGGACCAGUCAGAUGCAUCUAAUUCAGAAUCUGAUGAGAAGUUAAAUGAAUCCCAGCUUGAGCUGGAACACAAUGAAUUGUUGAAACUGCAAAAUUACCUUCUUUCAAGAAUAUCCCAUGUGCAUGAAGAAAUACAGCUUUUACGAGCAGAACUAAAAUCCACUCUUAAUAUUGUGCCUGAAUCUGCUCUGCUAUCAAUUUCAACUCCAAGCAGUGAUUCUAAGCUAUCUCCAGAUAUGAAGGACAAUCCGACAGAUGAAUCGACAAAUCAAAGUGGGACAUGGACCAAAGAAAGAAAAGACUUGUAUGAACAGAACACUCAAUUAAUGGAGGAGAGAUUAAAACUUGUGAGGCAGAUAAUUUAUGAACAAGAAGCGUGUCUAAACUUGAGAGUUCAGCUGGAACAGUUAAAGCAAGUAGUUGAAUCAAAAUAGUACAUAGUUGUUCUCUGCUUUGCUGGCAAAGCUAGUCAUACUGUAUUUAUUGUAGGUUGUAUUAACAAGCCUAUUUUAUUUUUGAGAAUGGAAAUCAUGACAAAGUUUAACUUCAAUUUUUUCUUCUCAUUUUGCUGGCCUCAAUUACUUGUGUGCAAGAUAUCUGUACUCUGUACUGAAGGUGCUUAAAGAUAUUAGUGCCAUUGUACUUUACUUUUGAGUAAGAACUGAAAAGAAAUAAAAAUCUACUUAUUUGAUGGCGCCUGUGAUACUGCAUCAGAUAAAAUACUUAGUGAUGAGGUUUACUUUCUCAUAAUGUCAUGGAAAAUUAAGCUGAGACAGUAUUUGAAAUAUGGCUGCUUGUACUUACAGCAAACUAUGUACUUUACAGUCUUUGUUUGAUGUAUGUUGUGUGGUAUGGUACUUCUAGGCUUUUUCUUAUUGUGAAGACGCUUAGUCUUGAUUAGAUAAGAUAUGUACAGCAAUUAUUUUAUUUUAUGACCUUUGUUAAUGCAUGGGUAUACAGGCCUAUGCAUCCAUAAAAAUUUAUCUCUAAUCAGA